GUGCUGGAGAUUGGUAGCUGCACGUCAUUUUGGUUCCUCUUCUCCACAGUUACUGAGCUAAACUUUGAGCUAAACUUUGUGUGAAAUUCCGAAAUGCAGAGUUUGAAGCGUUUGGUAGCAAGUCGUCGUCCUGACAGUCUAAUCCGGCGCACGAGAAACCUCUCAUCGCUUCCAGUCAAUAAGUCUGCUGAUGAUCUUCAAAAUCAAGUGCUGGUUGAACGUAAAGCUAGUUCUCGAAUAGCGAUUCUCAACAGAUCUUCUGCCCUCAAUGCUCUCAAUACAAAUAUUGGUGCUAGGUUGCAUGAAUUGUACGCAGCUUGGGAAGAUGAUCCCAAUGUUGGAUUUGUGGUCAUGAAGGGCAGUGGAAGGGCAUUUUGUGCAGGUGGGGAUAUUGUUGCUCUUUAUCAUUUGAUAAAUGAAGGGAAGAUAGAAAAGUGCAAGGAUUUUUUUAGGACAUUGUAUAGCUUUAUAUACCAUCUCGGUACAUAUCUGAAGCCACAUGUGGCUAUUUUACAUGGAAUUACUAUGGGUGGUGGAGCUGGAAUUUCAAUACCUGGGACAUUUCGGCUUGCGACCAAUAGAACUGUUUUUGCUACCCCUGAAACUCAGAUUGGCUUCCAUCCUGAUGCAGGAGCAUCCUUUCACCUCUCUCGUCUACCUGGCCACUUAGGAGAGUACUUGGGACUGACGGGAGAAAAAUUCAGUGGAGCUGAAAUGAUUUCUUGCGGGAUUGCAACGCACUUCUCACACACCGAAAAGCUUCAACUGAUUGAAGAAGAGCUUGGAAAUUUGGUCACUGAUGAUCCUUCUGUCAUUGAAUCGACUUUGGAGAAAUAUAGUGACGUAGCCUAUCCUGAAAAGAUCAGUGCAUUGCACAGGAUUGAAGUGCUUGAUAAAUGUUUUGGCUAUGACACAGUUGAGGAAAUUAUUGAUGCUAUGGAGAGCGAGGCAUCUGCAACAAAUGACCCGUGGUGCAAUUCCACAUUAAAGAAGCUUAAACAAGCUUCACCAUUGAGCUUAAAGGUGUCUUUGAAAUCGAUACGAGAAGGCAGAUUUCAAACCCUUGAUCAGUGCUUGAUUCGAGAGUAUCGGAUGUCUCUUCAAGGGAUAGCGAAGCAAAUCUCUAAUGACUUCUGUGAGGGUGUUAGAGCACAAGUGGUGGACAAGGACUUCGCUCCAAAGUGGGAACCUCCAAGCUUGGAAAAAGUGUCGAAUGAUAUGGUGGAUCAGUACUUUGCACCACUCAGUGAAUCUGAACCAAAUCUGGAACUCCCCACAAAGCAGAGAGAAGCAUUUAACUAGUUUCAAUGGUUGGUUAGUUGAGAAAUAUACAGAGAGUCAGAAAAUGUGGUCUUAUUUACAUUAUUGGAAGCAACCUAGAUAUAAUUCAUUGCACUGUCGUAUUCUGUUAAGAAAAAGACACUUAUCGCGCUUCCAAAA